ACAAGCCUGUCUACAUGCAUACCAUGUUUUGUCAUUAAAGCCUAAUGUUUCAGCACGGUUUCAUCGCUUCAUGCUGAAUCUUCUCUGCUCUUCUCCACCCCUCUCCUCAUGCCAUGUAGAAUCCAUCUUGUGCGACGUAGGGGAGUUUCAUUGUCACGACCAGCAAACCUGCAUACCCGAGGCCUGGCUCUGUGACGGUGAGCCGGAUUGUCCCGAUGACUCAGACGAAUCUGAUCAUGUUUGCUCGCAGGAGGUGGUAAUCAGAUGUCCCCUUAAUCACAUACAAUGCAUUGGGACAAAAAAAUGUAUUCAUUUCAACAAACUCUGCAAYGGGGCUAAAGACUGUGAAGACGGGUACGAUGAAGGAGUACACUGUCGAGAGCUUUUGUCAGCCUGCCAUGAGCUCCGGUGUCGCUACGGCUGCAUCAUGACAAGAAACGGCACCUUCUGUUUCUGCGCCGACGGCUUCGAGGUCGGUGAGGACGGAACGAGCUGCAGAGAUCAUGAUGAAUGUGCCAGGUAUGGUGCGUGCAGCCAAACCUGCACGAACACCUACGGGUCAUACAGAUGCAGCUGCACAGAGGGAUACAUCCUGCAGCCUGACAGGAUCUCUUGCAAAGCCAAACAAGAUCCUGGUGACAUCCAUCCCGUGCUUCUUAUUGGAGGCUCAGAUCGUAUUGUCAUCACCCAUCUAAACGGAACAGGCCUCCAGCCGCUGAGGUCUCUAAGUGUAAAUGGAACACAAGCGCUGGAUUUCCAGCACAGCCAGGAGAGUGUGUGCUGGACCCUUUCUACCGAAUCCUCUGGGCAACUUCGCUGUGCUGUAAUGAGGAAUCUACGUGGAUUCACUCGGGAACGGGAAAUAAGAGCACAACAAAGUUUACAACACGUGGAACAGAUGGCCGUUGACUGGCUGACAGGAAACCUGUAUUUUGUUGACCGUGUCACGGGCAGAAUAUUUGUUUGUGACCGUGGUGGAGAAACAUGUGUUACUGUUGUACAACUAGACCUACUGAAUCCUAAAGGGAUAGCCCUGGAUCCUCUCAUGGGAAUGAUGUUCUUCACUGACUAUGGGAAUGUGGCCAAGGUUGAACGCUGCAACAUGGAUGGCACCAACCGGAGCCGAUUGGUGGAUUAUAAAAUUGAGCAGCCCACUGCUGUGGCGUUGGAUGUAGUCAAGAAGCUGGUAUAUUGGGCGGACGCCUACCUGGAUUACAUCGAUGUGGUGGAUUAUCACGGCAAGAACAGGCACACUGUUAUCCAUGGGACCCAAGUGUCGUACAUAUGUGCAUUUGCUGUGUUUGAARACUACCUCUAUGCCAUCCACUCUGACCCUUCCAAAGGGAGUUCAGCUGCAGAGUUGCUGCAGGUGCACAGAUUCAACAUCACAGCAGACAGCAAGACACUCGCCACCCUGGGGGAUUCCAGAGGACUGCGUGUUUACCACAAACUCGCUCAGCCAAAAGUUAAGAACCAUGCGUGUGAAAUGGAUGCGUUUAGAAAGCCAGGAGGAUGUUCGCAAAUUUGUCUUUUGAGUGGAAGCUACAAGUCGAAAACUUGCCGCUGUCGUAUUGGCUACAGCCUGGGCUUUGAUGGGAAAUCCUGUAAAAAGCCCAAAAACGAUUUCUUCCUCUUCUAUGGUAAGGGACGCCCUGGGGUCAUCCGAGGCCUGGAUAUGAACAUCAAAUCCAGUGAUGAGCACAUGGUGCCAAUUGAAGACUUGGUCAACCCUCGAGCCAUUGACUACCAUGCAGAAAUUGGACACAUUUACUUUGCUGACACCACCAGUUUCCUUAUUGGGCGUCAGAAAAUAGAUGGAAGCGGCAGAGAGACUAUUCUCAAAGACGAACUUGACAAUGUUGAAGGCAUUUCGGUGGAUUGGCUUGGAAACAACUUAUAUUGGACCAAUGAUGGGUACAGGAAGACAAUCAGUGUUGCCAGUCUGGAAGGAGCAUCCCAGACCAGAAAGACACUUUUGGAAGGAAAUAUGUCCCACCCCCGGGCCAUUGUGGUUGAUCCAAUUAACUGCUGGAUGUACUGGACAGACUGGGAAGAGGAUGAGGUCAACGACAGCAUAGGGCGGAUAGAAAAGGCCUGGAUGGAUGGAUCCAAUCGGCGCAUUUUCGUCACCUCCAACAUGCUGUGGCCCAACGGCCUGACACUGGACCACAGCAGCAGUACCAUGUUCUGGUGUGAUGCCUACUAUGAUCACAUUGAGAAGAUUCAUCUGAAYGGAACAGGAAGAAUGGUGGUGUACAAAGGAAAAGAGCUGAACCAUCCUUUCGGAAUCUCUCAUUAUCGUAAUUUCAUCUUUUGGACGGAGUACAUGAACGCUUCUGUAUUCCAGCUGGACUUGUCCACGGGCGAUGUCACUCUGCUGCGGAGCGAGAGACCCCCUCUGUUCGGCCUGCGGGUCUACGAUGCACAGAGUCAGCAAGGUGAGAAUGCGUGCAGCGUGAAUUAUGGAGGCUGUGGUACCCUUUGCCUUGCCAUCCCAGGAGGCAGAGUGUGUGCCUGCGCUGACAACCAGGUUUUGGAGAAGAACAAUGUCACCUGUGCAGAAGCUUCCACCACCGGUUUAGAGCCACCACGAUGUAAAAGUGAUGAGUUCCAGUGUCACAAUCAUCGCUGCAUACGGGCCUUGUGGAAGUGUGACGGAGACGAUGAUUGUCUGGAUGGAAGUGAUGAGGAGAGCCACAGCUGCUACAAUCACACCUGUCCAACUGAUCAGUUCAAAUGUAGCAACAACCGCUGCAUCCCCAAAAGGUGGCUGUGUGAUGGAACGAAUGACUGUGGGAACAACGAGGAUGAGUCUAACGCCACAUGUUCAGCCCGGCCCUGUCAAGACGACCAGUUCUCCUGCCAGAAUGGACGUUGCAUACCUCGAGGCUGGAGCUGCGAUCGGGAGGACGACUGUGGGGAUAAGUCUGAUGAAAUACCAUGCACCUUCCCCAGCUGCAGGCCUGGUACUGAAUUCAGCUGCUCAAAUGGACGAUGCAUCAGUUUCAAGUGGCAUUGUGAUUCCGAUAACGACUGCGGUGAUGGCAGUGAUGAAGCGGGCUGCGUCCAGACCUGCUCUAAAAGUCAGUUUCAGUGCACCAGUGGCCGUUGCAUCCCAGAUCACUGGGCUUGUGAUGGCGACAACGACUGCGGUGACUUCAGUGAUGAGAACACAACCUGCCGAGGUGGAACUGUGUUGCUGCCGUCUGUGAUUGAGUGCAGCGCGGAUGAAUUCCACUGUGUCGUCGACGGAACCUGCAUCCCUGAACGCUGGAGAUGUGAUGGAGACAAAGACUGCGAGGAUGGAAGUGACGAGAAAGGCUGCGAGGGCACGAAAAGGAUGUGUGACCCCAAGGCCAAGUUUACCUGCAGAGAUACAGGCAAGUGCAUUACAAAGAGUUGGGUGUGCGAUGGGGACGUUGACUGUGAAGAUCGCUCAGAUGAAGAGUCUUGUGAGUCAGCUGCCUGCAAGCCACCCAAGAACCACUGUGCCAAUGACACCUCAGUGUGCCUCACACCUGACAAGAUCUGCAAUGGCAAAGUGGACUGUGCUGACCGCUCCGACGAAGGACCCAUUUGUGAUAUGUGUCUCRUGGCCAGAGGGGGCUGCAGUCACCAGUGCACGGUGGCACCAGGAAAAGGAGUCGUGUGUUCUUGUCCCCCCGGGCUUCACUUGGACUGGAGCAACAAGACGUGCGAGGUGGUGGACUACUGCAGCCGUCACCUGAAGUGCAGCCAAGUGUGUGAGCAGUACAAGACCACAGUGAAGUGCUCCUGCUAUCCCGGAUGGAUACUUGAUUCAGAUGGAGACAGCUGUCACAGCACAGAUUCUUUUGAAGCUUUCAUCAUUUUCUCAAUCCGUCAUGAGAUAAGACGAAUAGACCUUCACAGGAGGGACUACAGUCUGCUGGUGCCAGGACUGAGGAACACCAUUGCUUUAGAUUUUCACUUUAACCACAGCCUUCUGUACUGGACAGAUGUGGUGGAGGAUAAAAUCUACAGAGGAAAGCUCUCGGAGUCUGGCGGAGUGACAGCGAUUGAGGUGGUUGUGCAGCAUGGUCUGGCCACCCCGGAGGGUCUGGCUGUGGACUGGAUCACGGGGAAACUGUACUGGAUUGACAGCAAUUUGGACCAAAUUGAGGUGGCCAAGCUGAACGGAGAUAUGCGCGCCACACUUAUUGCAGGAGGCAUGGAGCAUCCUCGAGCCAUCGCUCUUGACCCUGGACAGGGGAUUAUUUUCUGGACUGACUGGGAUGCUACUUUUCCAAGAAUUGAAGCUGCAUCUAUGAGUGGAGGUGGGAGACACAUUGUGUUCAAAGAUAUGGAGAUUGGGGCCUGGCCUAAUGGGCUAACGCUGGAUCAUCUGGAAAGCAGGAUUGUUUGGACCGAUGCACGUUCCGAUGCCAUUUUCUCUGCACUCUAUGACGGCAGCGGGGUCAUAGAGAUCCUCAGGGGCCACGAAUACCUGUCGCAUCCCUUUGCUGUUUCUCUCUUUGGAGGAAAUGUCUACUGGACGGACUGGAGGACAAACACUUUAGCGAGAGCCAAUAAGUGGACAGGGCAAAAUGUCACAGUCAUCCAGAAGACAAGUGCUCAACCUUUUGACUUGCAGAUUUUCCAUCCGAGCAGGCAGCCACAAGCAUCUAACCCAUGUGAAGAGAAUGAUGGACGUGGUCCCUGUUCACAUCUGUGUCUCAUCAAUUACAACCGCUCUGUGUCCUGCACCUGUCCACACCUCAUGAAGCUUUCAGCCAACAAACAAUCCUGCUUUGCGUUAAAAAGGUUCCUGCUCUACGUGCGUCGCUCUGAAAUCCGUGGCGUGGACAUUGACAACCCUUACAUGAACGUCAUGACUGCGCUCACGGUGCCAGACAUUGACGAUGUCACCGUAGUGGACUUUGAUUCUCAGGAGGAGAGGAUCUACUGGGCUGACAUCAAAACUCAAACCAUCAAACGGGUGUUCAUCAAUGGCACUCAGCUAGAAACUGUCAUUUCUUCAGACAUAGUGAACUGUCGGGGUCUGGCUUUAGACUGGCUUUCCAGGAACUUAUACUGGCUCAGCUCGGAAAACGACGAGUCCCAAAUCAAUGUGGCUCGCUUUGAUGGCUCCCUAAAGACGUCCAUCAUCCACGGCAUUGAUAAGCCAAGGUGCCUCGUAGUGCAUCCUGCCAAAGGGAAAAUCUAUUGGACAGAUGGCAACACCAUUAACAUGGCCAACAUGGAUGGGAGCAACAGCAAAGUUCUGCAUCAGAAUCAGAGGGAUCCUGUAGGUGUCUCAAUAGACUACGCUGCCAGCAAGCUUUACUGGAUAAGCUCGGCCAAUGGCACAAUCAACAGGUGCAAUCUGGAYGGCAGCGGGUUGGAAGUGAUGGAGACUCUGAAGAGGGAGUUAGCCAAAGGCACAGCUCUGGCCGUGAUGGGUGGGAAACUCUGGUGGGCAGACGAUGAAACGGCACAGCUGGGAACAGUCACCAAGAGAGAUGGACGCAAUUUCRUGGUCUUGAGAAACAAGACAAGUGGAGUGGUUCACAUGAAGGUGUAUGAGAAGGAGGGUCAAAAAGGAAGAAACCCGUGCCAAGUGAACAAUGGAGGGUGCACACAGCUUUGUCUCCCAACCUCGGAGAACACCCGCAGCUGCUCCUGCACUGUUGGCUACAAUUUACGAAGUGAUCGUACAUCUUGUGAGGGCGUUGAUUCAUUCCUGCUGUAUUCCAUCCAUGAGGGUAUCCGAGGCAUUGCUCUUGACCCAAAUGACAACAGUGAAGCCCUGAUGCCCAUCACUGGAACCCUGUUUGCUGUGGGAGUGGACUUUCAUGCAGGAAAUGACACCGUGUACUGGACAGACAUGGGGCUGAACAAAAUAUCCCGUGCCAAACGUGAUCAGACCUGGAGGGAGGACGUCAUUACUACUGGCAUCAGUCGAGUGGAAGGCAUUGCUGUGGACUGGAUUGCUGGAAACCUAUAUUGGACAGACCACGGUUUUAAUCUGAUAGAAAUUUCCCGUCUUCAUGGUGCGUAUCGUUCAGUCGUAAUAUCUGAAGGACUUGAUCAGCCACGGACCAUUGCUGUACAUCCACAGAAAGGAUAUCUCUUUUGGACUGAAUGGGGGCAAAACCCUUGCAUUGGCCGCUCUCGCCUGGAUGGUUCGGACCAAGUUACAUUAGUCAAUUCGGGCAUCACCUGGCCCAAUGGAAUUUCCAUAGACUUUGAGGAAAAUACAUUAUACUGGUGCGACGCACGCACGGAUAAGAUCGAGAGGAUCAACCUUGAAACGGGUGAGAGGCGGGAGAUUGUACUAUCGGCGACCAACGUAGACYUGUUCUCAGUGGCUGUGUUUGGACCUUACAUCUACUGGUCUGACAGGGCCCACUCCAAUGGUUCAAUCCGCCGGGCUUUUAAGACUGACAUCAAUGAGCCUAUAACCAUGAGGAGUGGCCUAGGGGUCAAUUUAAAAGACGUUACCGUUUUCAAUAGAGACAGGGAAAAAGGCACCAACCCCUGUGCCAGGAGUAAUGGAGGCUGCCAGCAGUUGUGCUUUCACCUGGGCAGCGGUCGACGAACCUGCUCCUGUGCUCACGGCCGCUUGGCAGACGAUGGUUUUGUCUGUAAGCGCUAUGAAGGUUAUUUACUCUACUCCGAAAGGACUAUACUGAAAAGCAUCCACCUUUCAGAYGAAAACGACCUCAACUCACCCAUUCAGCCCUUUGAAAACCCAGCUUUUUUUAAGAACGUCGUAGCGUUGGCCUUUGACUACAGCCAGACCAGCACUGGAACCAACCGCAUCUUUUUUAGCGAUGUCCAUUAUGGAAAUAUACAAAUUAUUAAUGAUGACUGGACUGGAAGAGCUGUUAUCUCAGAAAAUGUGGGUUCAGUGGAGGGUCUGGCUUACCACCGAGCUUGGGACACCUUGUAUUGGUCCAGCACCACCACUUCUACCAUCACCAGAAAAACUGUAGACCAGAAACGGGUUGGUGCCUUCCCCAGGCAGGCAGUGGUCACGCUUUCAGAGGAAGACCACCCACAUGCCCUGGCUCUGGAUGAGUGUCAAAACUUGAUGUUUUGGACGAACUGGAAUGAACAGAGGCCGAGCAUCAUGAGAUCCACCUUAGCUGGCAAGAACAUGAUGAUCGUCAUUAGUUCUGACAUCUUGACGCCCAAUGGACUGACGAUUGACCACAAAGCAAAGAAGCUUUACUUUUCUGAUGGAAGCCUUGGCAAAAUUGAAAGAUGUGACUAUGAYGGUUCCGGUCGAUUUGUAUGUGUUCUGGGUAGACUGCUGUGAACCUCCUCACAUCGGGCGUAUAGGCAUGGAUGGCCGAGGGCAAAUGGUUAUCAUUGACACUGAGAUCUAUAGUCCCACCGCUCUCACUAUCGAUUAUACCAACAAGAGACUUUACUGGGCAGACGAUAACCACAUCCUGUUUGCCAACAUGGAUGGCACCCAGAGACGGAAAGUGUCCUAUGAUCACAUCCAAGGAGUAAUGGCACUAACUUUGUUUGAGGACUUUGUGUAUUGGACGGAUGGGAAGUCCAAAUCAUUGAGACGUGCUCACAAGACCACCGGCGCCCAAGGGAUUGAGCUCCUCAACUCCUGGCAGGCCAUCAAAUCAAUCAAGGUCUACCACUCCCUCCGCCAACCUGAAGUGCCCAAGCACCAGUGCCAGAUUGCCAAUGGUGGAUGCAGCCACUUAUGUCUUCUUUCCCCUGGUGGGGAACACAAAUGUGCCUGUCCCACAAAUUUUUACUUAGCUGCUGACAAUAAAACCUGUCUCUCCAACUGCACUUCCAGUCAGUUCCGCUGUGGGACAGAUGAGUGUAUUCCUUUUUGGUGGAAGUGCGACACAGUCGAUGACUGUGGGGAUGGCUCAGACGAACCUUCYGAUUGCCCGGAAUUCAAAUGUCAGCCCGGGCGUUUUCAGUGUGGCACCGGUCUCUGUGCUCUUCCUCCCUUUAUUUGUGAUGGAGAGAAUGACUGCGGUGACAACACAGAUGAGGCCAACUGUGAGACGUACAUUUGUCUGUCAGGCCAGUUCAAAUGCACCAGGAAACAGAAAUGCAUUCCUCUUAACCUACGCUGCAAUGGUCAGGAUGACUGUGGCGAUGGAGAGGAUGAAACAGACUGCCCUGAAAGCACCUGCUCCCCUGACCAGUUCCAGUGUAAGGCCUCCAUGCACUGUAUCUCCAAACUCUGGGUUUGUGACGAGGAUCCUGACUGCGCCGAUGGGUCAGAUGAGGCUAACUGUGAUGAAAAGACCUGUGGACCUCAUGAAUUUYGCUGCGAGAAUAACAACUGCAUCCCAGACCACUGGAGGUGUGACAGCCAGAACGACUGCGGAGACGGCUCAGACGAGGAGAACUGCAAGGCAGUCACCUGUAACCACAAAGACUUUGCCUGCACCAAUGGCGAGUGCAUUUCCUCCCGAUUCCGCUGUGAUGGAGAUUAUGACUGCUUGGAUAAUUCGGAUGAGAAAGGCUGUGAGGCACAUUGUGCGGAUGACCAGUUUCGAUGUCACAACAACCUGUGCAUCUCGCUUAAAUGGGUUUGUGAUGGUCAAGAAGACUGCAAGAUGGGGGAGGAUGAAAAGAGUUGUCAGCAAACAGUUGUCCCCUCUUGCUCUGUGAAUGAAUAUGUGUGUGCCAGUGGGGGGUGUGUGUCAGCCAGCCUGCGCUGUGACGGACAUGACAACUGUCUAGAUGGUUCAGACGAGGUUGGCUGUGUGAAGGAGUGCAGAGAGGAUGAGUUUCUGUGUCUGAAUCGUGCACACUGUAUCCCCCGGCGCUGGCGUUGUGACGAUGUGUUCGACUGCAUGGAUCACAGUGACGAAGACAACUGCAACCAUGGUGGUCGCUGGAAGACCUCGGCCCUGUGGAAAAACCGAGUUCACCUGCAGCAAUCGACGCUGCAUCCCUGUGCAGCUUCAGUGCGACCUUUUCAAUGACUGCGGGGAUGGUGGCUCCGAUGAGCAGGACUGCAAGUCCUUUUCCAGCGGAGAUGUAUGUGGAAAGAAAACAARUCCGUGUGGGGAGGAUGCAAUUUGCAACCAAACAAACGUUAACGCGAUUUGUCAGUGCAAACCUGGCUUUAAGAGGAACCAAAAAACAGGACAGUGUGAAGAGAUAAAUGAGUGUCUACAGUUUGAUGCAUGUCCUCAUUACUGCACAAACACAAAAGGAUCUUUUAAAUGCUCAUGUGAUCGGAAUUAUAAGGAGGUCAACGGCAACUGUAUKGCAAAAGGAGGGGAAGAUCGAGUGCUCUACAUCGCCAAUGACACUGAAAUCCGAAGCUUUGUGUAUCCAUAUAACCAGAGCCAUGGCCACAAACUGCUCACUCACGUUGAGGACAACGCUCGCAUCAUCGGGAUGGACGUUCUGUUCCAUCAGCAAAAGUUUAUUUGGGCUACUCAAUUCAACCCUGGCGGAAUUUUUUACAAAGACUCUCUUGAAAAAGGCCAAACUAAAUCAAAUAUCAGAAACAUCUGUUCAGACUUCCGUCGCCCCAGAGAUAUUUCUGCUGACUGGAUCACGGGGAACAUUUAUUGGACUGAUCACUCUCGGAUGCACUGGUUCAGCUAUUACACAGCCCACUGGACUAAAUUACGAUAUUCCAUAAAUGUGGGCCAACUUAAGGGACCAAAUUGCACCCGCUUGAUUACUGCCAUAGCGGGAGAGCCAUAUGCCAUCGCUGUAAACCCAGCUAGAGGGGCUGGCAAUUGAUUACUUCAACCACCGUAUUUACUGGGCUGAUCCUGAGCUCUCGCAGAUAGGGAGCAUGAGAUUGGAUGGCUCAGACCCCCUUGUGACAAUCAGUAACAGACACGGAAUCUCUCAGCCAUACAGAAUUGAUAUAUUUGAGGACUACAUAUAUGGAACUGGACUGAAACAUGAACUCUUCAAGAUUCACAAGUUUGGCAAACUAUCAGUGGAGUUUCAGUAUUUGGGAGUGGAAAGGCCCACAAACAUUUUCAUCUCUCAUCGUUACAAACAGCAAGAUGCGUCCAAUCCAUGCUUGAGGAUGUCUUGUGACUUUAUGUGUCUGCUCAACCCAACGGGAGCCAGAUGUACCUGUCCAGAAGGAAAAGUCCUGGUUAACGGCACCUGUAGUGAUGUCAACACGUCAGGAAAGCCAACCUGUCGUUGUCCUGUUGGAUUCUCUGGGCCUUUCUGCGAGAAGAGAAUUUGUGACACGUACUGUUUAAACGGCGGGACGUGUGACGUCACUCAGGGAAACCAGCCCGUGUGCCGCUGCAUGGCAGAAUAUACCGGAGAUCGCUGUCUUUAUCACAUCUGUCAUCACUACUGCRUGAACUCGAAGGCCUGCACGUUAUCCAGCAGCGGCUACGUGGAGUGCGUGUGUCCUGCCAGGUUCGAAGGGAAUAAGUGCGAAGUGGACAAGUGUCUCCGAUGCCACGGAGCUCCCUGCCUUAUUAACGAGGAAACAGGAGAUGUGGUGUGCAACUGCACAAAUGGCAGAAUAGCACCGAGCUGUCAGCUGUGUGACGGAUAUUGCUACAAUGGAGGUACCUGUCACCUGGACCCUGACACCAGCCUGCCUUUCUGUCACUGCACGUCAGGGUUCAAGAACCAACGUUGUGAUGAGCUGGCCAACCCCUGCGAUUACUUCUGUCAGAAUGAGGGGAUGUGCACAUUAACAGCUCUUAACAAACCUCGCUGCAAAUGUUCAGCCAAUUGGUCAGGAACGCAGUGUGAGAGACCCGCCCCUAAAAGCAGCAGAUCAGACAACACCAGCGGAGGGAGCAUUGCUAUCAUUGUGCCACUGGUCCUGUUGGUUAUCUUGAUUGUGACAGUGGUAGCAGGUGUUUACAUCUGCAGACGGAGGCAAAGGGGGAAGCGUGUCCAGAGGCAGCCUAUGACAAACGGAGGAAUAAAUGUGGAGAUCGGGAACCCGUCAUACAACAUGUAUGAGGUGGACCAUGACAACCAUGCUGAUGCAGGCAGCCUACUGAGACCCAACUUCACACUGGACCCUCACAAGGGGUGGUGUGUAAAAUCCAGUGACCCCAACAACUUGAGCAUAAAUUCAGUUCCCAAGGAGGUUAUCCCUGGACAGCCCGUGAACUACUCCAACCCUGUGUAUGCAAAGAUUUAUAUCGACGGCCAAAACUGUCGAAAGCCCGUCAUCAGUAUUGACGAGAGGAGAGAGCUACUCCCAAAGAAACUAGAGGGGACAAUUCGUGAAACCGCCGCAUAGCCUAACUUUUUACUUCUUUUUUUUACCACAGUGUACAAUGUAUUAUAUGAAGGAGGAAACCAGAUUUUUCUAUUUCCUAUAAGGCUCCUGGGUUUUACAUGUUUAGCAUCAGCAUUAUGUCUUUGUUGGUGUGUUCAAGAGUUUUAUUUUACAUAUACACUUUGCUUUUUAUGUUUUUUUUGUUAAAAGUAUAUACAUGUUAAACAGCACUAUACUGUAAAAUGUACUGAAGUAAAGCUGUUGAUUUGCAAAAACUUGAUUAACACCAUAAGCCACUCUUGGGCACAGUUCAUAUGUUAAAAUGCAGUGCUACAGUUUGUACUCACAGCUGACACUAGUAUACAAAAAUAAGUUGUUUGUAAGGAUUCUAAAAGGAAGGUUUGACUACAUUUUUUUCUAAGCAAAUGGCUGUAAAGUAAUACAAGGUUACUUUCUUGUCAUUUUAUAUGUACUGGAUGGACAACAGAGCUUCACAACUGAGCUGCAAAGCUUGAUAUUUUUAAACUGACUUACUUUCUGCUCUGCAGCUGGUGGCUCAACUCAUAUUCCGAUCCUUGUCUUUUUGCACAUCGUGUGUAAUUUCCACAGUUUGUUAUGUCUUCUUAAUUUCCAGCAAUUUCAAGGUCUGUUCGCUCUGUUUCAACAGAAAUAUACCUUAUGAAGCAUGAAGCCCAUGCUGAAUGUUCACCCAUUAGAUUCCUACAUUGUUCACUAAGAGGACAGAUAACGAAUACCAUAUUUUUCUAAGUCUCAAAUGUCCCCAGGCAGAUUAAAGCUAUAGACAAGGARGAGAUUUACCACAGUCUCAAAGGUUAUUAGGGGGUUGUUAUAAAACAUGUUUCUGCAUUGUAUGUUGUUUGGCUGCUUGUAUUUUGAAGAAAUGUAAUAAAUGUAAGUAAUUUUUAUAAACUGUAAAUCAAUAUUGAAUAAAAGGGGCUUAAUUUC